AUCUCACCCUCGCAACAACCACCUCUGCACAUCAAUGACAGUGACACCGCGAUGGCUCAAAUCUCAGACAAUGCAGACCACAAUGGCAAUGGCACUUCAACCAGCCGACGCGAACUCACCUUCGACGGAAUAUCCGAACCAACUCAUGUGGCACCAGGGCUGGAGUACCCAACAGGCACCAAAUUCUGGCUGCUCAUGCUGACCAUAGCUGCAGUGCUGAUGCUCAUCAGCAUAGACAUGAACAUCGUCGCCACCGCCGUCCCCAGCAUCACCAAUCAUUUCCACACCAUUGCUGAUGUUGGUUGGUAUUCGUCUGCCUUCCGGCUCUCCCAGUGCGCUUUCCAAUUUGUAUUCGGUCAAGCGUACCAACGAUUCUCAAUCAAGCGCGUCUUCCUGUUCGCCAAUGCCACCUUGAUAGCAGGCUCUCUGAUCUGCGGGGCUGCGGCAACAUCCUCCAUGCUAAUCGUGGGGAGAGCCGUCGCCGGCCUGGGCACUGCCGGAUUACUGUCUGGAUGCUUUGUGAUCCUCGUGCACUCGACGCCUCUUCGCCGCCGGCCGAUGUUCACUGGCGUAAUGGGCGCCAUUGAAGGUCUUGCCACGCUUUCCGCGCCUCUCGUAGGUGGAGCCAUCGUCCAGUCACUCGGUUGGCGCUGGUGCUUCUACAUCAACGCCCCCAUCGGCGCCGUCACUUUUCUGCUCACAACGCGUUGUUUCUCCGACCCCCCGAACCCCUCCAACUUCGAUCACACACCCCUCCGAGGAAAGCUCAGACAACUCGACCUUCUCAGCAACCUUUUCUUCAUCCCCGCCCUAACCAGCCUCUUUCUCGCUCUCUCCUGGGCCGGCACCAAGUACCCCUGGCGCAGCAGUGCCGUCAUCACACCCCUCGUCGCCUUCGUGAUCCUUAUGGCGGCCUUCAUCUUCCACCAAAUCCGCCGCGAGGACACCGCUGCCCUUCCCCUCCGCAUUCUCAAGCAUCGCAGCAUCAUCGCCGGCAGCAUCUUCAUCAUGUGCGGCAACAGCACCGGCAACGUGCUUGAAUACUACCUCCCAACCUACUACCAAGUCGUGCGCGGUUACAGCCCGGCGCAGAGCGGCUACCUGAUGCUUCCAAUCAUCCUUGCCGGCACCAUCGGCGCCCUAGUGCACGGGUUUGGCACCAGUGCUCUCGGCUACUACGCCCCCUUCAUGCUCGCCGCAUCGAUCAUCAUGCCGAUAGCGGCAGGCCUGAUCACCACCUUCGAGCUCACCACCAGCCUGACGCAGCUGAUCACCUACACUGCAUUUUCGGGCCUCGGGUACGGGGUCGGCUUCUCGGGCCCGCAGAACGCAGUACAGACCGUGCUUCCGGCGGAGGAUGUCUCGUUGGGCACCUCGGUGCUGCUGUUCGCGCAGUCAUUCGGCCCGGCAGUCGCAAUUGCCAUUGCCCAGGUGCUCUUUUUGGACCGCCUCGAGCUGAAUUUGGGGCGUAUGGUGCCUGGCCUCCGGGCUGCGGACCUCAACAGUAUGGGGCUGACGCAGAUCGUGACGGAGUUGUCGCCGGAACGGGCGACGGAGGCGCGCUUGGCGGUCGAUCGGAGUAUCAUCCAGACUUGGUAUCUGGUGGUCGGGCUGGCGUGCGCGACGAUGGUGGGGAGUUUGUUAAUGGAGUGGCGGUCGGUGAAGACGAGACGCGACUAGUGACUCAAUGAUUGGACUCGGGCCAACAGUUGGCUGAAUAAAGGUGCCAGCUACCUCUACAUCGACUUCGUUAUAGAUACUUCGCUUUGGCUAUAGGUAUGCUGGUUUUAUUAGAGCAAAACGACAGAUGAUGUCACGCGACAGCUGUGUUAAUCUUCCGGACGGGGCUGCCACUGCGCACGUUCACAUUGGCACUUGCUCCUUGCUAUUAGCAGACACGCACAGUAUGAUACCACAUUGACUGAGCAAGACAAGAUUAGGUUCCCGCACAGUCGCUCAGACAGAGGGCCUCUCGAGGCCGAGACCGACCCAAACCGAGACGCGGGACCCACCUCUAUACCUACUCGAUCCCAACAAAAGGUUUUGUGUCGAAGCACGCGAGAAUGAUCAAGUAUGUAUAUAGAGCUGUGCUUUGG